CUUGACACAUCCAACAUAACCAGGCAAGAUCGCGAACACCGUUGCAUUAGCAGCAAAGAUCAGCCCACGGUCCAGACAUGAAAUACAGGCUGCCCCUCCAGGGGGUGAAGUAAGGCAUCCAUUGAGUCUUUGGGUGCCCCUCUGCUACCCGUGCGGGCCUGAGUCGUGCCCUCAUGCUGACGUAUUGCCAUUCCGUCGGAGAUAUUAUAGAGAUUGAGCUUGCCCCUCGCUCAGACCGAAAAAUGCAGCUCGAAGCAUUGCAAUUGAUUUUCUUCAUUGGUCGCGUUGAUUUACUACGUAUCAGCUCUCUCCAUCCAGAAUGACGAAGCGUAACCUUAUCGUUGUUUCGAACCGUCUCCCUCUGUCGCUGAAAAAGGUCGACGGGGGAUACGAAUCUUCCCUCUCCAGUGGAGGUCUAGUCACAUCUCUAUCAGGAUUGACUAAGACCACUACCUUUAGCUGGUUCGGAUGGCCAGGCAUCGACAUCACCGACGAAACCGAGCAGGGACAAAUUCGCAAGAGCCUGGAUGAGCAUAACGCUGUGCCGAUUUUCUUGGAUAAUGAAUUGGCGAAUAAUCACUAUAAUAACUUUUCUAAUGCCAUCCUCUGGCCCAUCCUCCACUACCAAUCCGGCAUAAACUUCGAAGAAGGCCCCUGGGAAGCUUACCAACGAGUCAACGAGAUCUUUGCCGAUACGAUCGCCGAGGCAGCCCAGCCGGGAUCAUUGAUCUGGGUGCACGAUUACCAUCUUAUGCUGUUGCCGCGGCUUUUGAGAGAUCGAUUGGCGGGGAAGAAUUGCGCGAUUGGGUUCUCGCUGCAUACCCCGUUCCCGGCAGGUGACUUUUGGCGGAAUCUGCCGGUGCAGAAGGACUUGUUGAGGGGACUGCUGGCGAGUGAUGUUAUUGGGUUCCAUACGGAUGAGUAUAAAAGGAACUUUGUGCUUUGUGCGGAGUCUCUGGCCGAUGCGAAGGUGAAGGAAUCAGGGACGCUGGAGUACGAGGGUCAUGAGGUGGUUGCGGAGAAGUUCAUUGUCGGCAUCGAUCCGCAGAAAUUUACGGAUGCACUGCAGAAUGAGGAGGUGCAGAAUCGCAUAAGGGACUUGCAGCGCAGGUAUAUGGGGAUGAAGGUUAUUGUUGGGGUGGAUCGGCUGGAUUACAUCAAGGGGCUUGUGCAGAAGUUGAAGGGCUAUGAUGCUUUCUUGGAUCAGUAUCCGGAGCUGAGCAAUAAGGUGGUGCUAAUCCAGGUGGCGGUGCCCAGCCGGGAGGAUGUGAAGGAGUACCAGGAUCUGGAGACGGAGUUGAGCACGCUGGCAGGGAGAAUCAAUGGAAAACACUCUACCGCCGAUGGCUGUCCGCUGAUCUACAUGCACCGAUCAGUUAACUUCAGCGAACUGACAGCGCUGUACUCUGUUGCCGAUGCCUGCUUGCUGACCUCAACGCGGGAUGGAAUGAACCUUAUUUCGUUCGAGUACGUUGCGUGCCAAGCGCAGCGGCAUGGAGUGCUAGUGCUGUCCGAGUUUGCCGGAGCAGCGUCUUUUAUGAAGGAGGGGUGUCUUACUUUCCAUCCAGCGAAUAUGUCAGAGAUGGUUGAUGCGGUUCAUCAAGCAGUCACGAUGAGUGGUGAUGAUCGCAAGUCUCGAUAUGAAACGUUGCGGCACUUUAUCGAGACAAACACUAGUGCAAAAUGGGGCGAGACGUUCAUCGAGACAUUGACCAAGCAUGUGGAAGGCGGGCGUUGAGCCCUGACAUGAACGGUGUCAGAUAGAGACCGUUGGAAGGCUGAACCACAGGGCACACGGCACGUUGAGGACCCUGCCUGCCGGUGUAUCCGGAUAAUGGCAGAUAAUCCCGGCUAAUUGGGGGCGACGGCAGCUACGGCUCACAAAUUGUGAUGGAAUAGACACAGCAUAAUGUUUCAAUGUAGCUCCGAACUUUACAGUGCUAGGCUGUCAACGUGAUUAUAAUCACGAUUUAAUUGAUUAUCAUCUACAACUCAACCCCCGCACCAAGAAUGAAU